AUGGACGAGCUCGCGGGAGGCGGUGGAGGCGGCGGCCCGGGGAUGGCGGCCCCUCCGCGGCAGCAGCAGCAGCAGCAGCAGCAGCCGCCGGGACCCGGGGGGAACAUGAGCCUCCCGCCGGGGGGCAACGGCGCGGCGGGCGGCGGGGGUCCUCCGGCCGCCGAGGGCGCGGGCCCCGCCGCAGGCCCCGAGCUGUCCCGGCCGCAGCAGUACACCAUCCCGGGCAUCCUGCACUACAUCCAGCACGAGUGGGCCCGGUUCGAGAUGGAGCGGGCGCACUGGGAGGUGGAGCGGGCCGAGCUGCAGGCCCGAAUAGCAUUUUUGCAAGGAGAACGAAAAGGUCAAGAAAACUUGAAGAAGGAUUUAGUAAGAAGAAUAAAGAUGUUAGAGUAUGCAUUAAAACAAGAAAGGGCAAAAUAUCACAAAUUAAAAUAUGGCACAGAACUGAACCAAGGUGAUUUGAAAAUGCCAACCUUUGAAUCAGAAGAAACCAAAGAUACAGAAGCUCCCACAGCGCCUCAGAAUAGCCAGUUAACGUGGAAGCAAGGCAGACAGCUAUUAAGACAAUAUCUUCAGGAAGUAGGUUACACAGAUACAAUAUUAGAUGUACGGUCUCAGCGGGUAAGGUCAUUACUUGGACUAUCCAAUUCAGAACCAAAUGGAUCAGUAGAAACAAAGAAUUUAGAACAGAUCCUGAAUGGAGGUGAAUCUCCUAAGCAAAAAGGACAAGAAAUCAAAAGGCCUUCUGGUGAUGUUCUUGAGACAUUCAAUUUCUUGGAAAAUGCUGAUGACAGUGAUGAAGAAGAGGAAAAUGACAUGAUUGAAGGCAUGCCAGAAGGAAAAGACAAACAUCGGAUUAUUAAACACAAAAUAGGUAAUGAAGGUUUAGCUGCUGACCUAACUGAUGAUCCUGAUACUGAGGAAGCACUGAAAGAAUUUGAUUUUUUAGUGACUGCUGAAGAUGGUGAAGGAGCUGGAGAAGCACGGAGUUCGGGGGAUGGCACAGAAUGGGCUGAACCAAUAACGUUUCCAACUGGAGGAGGCAAGUCAUUUAUUAUGGGUUCUGAUGAUGUUUUGUUAAGUGUACUGGGCCUUGGAGACCUUGCAGACUUGACGGUAACAAAUGAUGCAGACUAUAGUUAUGAUUUGCCUGCCAAUAAAGAUGCCUUUCGAAAGACAUGGAACCCCAAGUAUACACUACGUAGCCAUUUUGAUGGAGUCCGGGCAUUAGCUUUUCAUCCUGUAGAACCUGUGCUAGUUACCGCUUCUGAGGAUCAUACUCUAAAACUUUGGAACUUGCAAAAAACAGUUCCUGCCAAAAAGAGUGCCUCUUUAGACGUAGAGCCUAUCUACACAUUUAGGGCCCACAUUGGCCCUGUUCUAUCUUUAGCAAUUAGUUCUAAUGGAGAGCAGUGUUUUAGUGGUGGUAUUGAUGCAACCAUCCAGUGGUGGAAUAUGCCUAGCCCUAAUGUUGAUCCAUAUGAUACAUAUGAGCCAAAUGUUCUAGCUGGCACUUUAUUGGGUCAUACAGAUGCUGUCUGGGGCCUUGCUUAUAGUGGCAUAAAAAAUCAAUUACUGUCUUGUUCAGCAGAUGGCACUGUUAGGUUAUGGAAGCCACAAGAAAAAUUGCCAUGUGUUUGCACUUACAAUGGAAACAAGGAACAUGGAAUACCUACAUCGGUUGACUUUAUAGGCUGUGAUCCAGCUCAUAUGGUGACCUCUUUCAACACUGGUAGUACAGUAAUUUAUGACUUAGAAACAUCACAGUCAUUGGUGAUGCUUUCAUCACAGAUAGAUUCUGAUUUACAAUCUAAUAAUCACAUUAAUAGAGUAGUAAGUCAUCCCACACUUCCUGUUACAAUAACUGCUCAUGAAGAUAGACACAUCAAAUUUUUUGACAAUAAAACGGGUAAAAUGAUCCAUUCGAUGGUAGCUCAUUUGGAUGCUGUUACAAGUCUAGCAGUAGAUCCUAAUGGAAUCUAUUUGAUGUCUGGAAGCCAUGAUUGUUCUAUUAGAUUGUGGAAUUUGGACAGCAAGACAUGUGUGCAAGAAAUAACAGCACAUAGGAAGAAAUUAGAUGAAUCAAUAUAUGAUGUUGCUUUUCAUCCAUCAAAAGCAUAUAUUGCGAGUGCAGGGGCUGAUGCCCUUGCCAAAGUAUUUGUGUGA